CUCAAUAUGGCCCCCUCCACUGUAGUGGGUACUGCCUACAUGACAUUCUUUGGCGGCCUUAGUGCAUGGGGAUUAUACGGACUCUAUUUCGGUCUUUUCAACGUAUCGAUGUAUAUUCUUUGUUUUCGAUCCACCCAUAGGAGACGGAACAUUUUCCUCAUCACGGCAACUAUUGCAAUAUUUCUUUUUUCAACAAUUGACAUCAUCAUUGAGAGCAAUUCGCUCCUUAUUGGCUUCUUCGACACUACAACGGCGUUGCAACGGGAUCAACACUUUGCUGGCGGUGGGGACUGGACAUACGCAUUCCAGGACGCCGCUCAGCUAACGAACAUGCUUGUGGCUGACGUCGUACUAUUGUACAGGGUGUGGGCCGUCUGGGGUCGACGCCGCAGCAUAAUUGCUUUCAACACGCUUCUGUGGCUUGCAACGCUCGGCAAGUCAAGCUCCCGUACCAGCCGAUCAUUCGCUGAUUAUCUUCUAGCUUGUAGCAUUCGAGUGAUCCAGUUAGAAGCGUAUGUGGUAGAAAGUGUUACCCACGCGGCUGCGCUCUACGUCCUGAACAACUGGGCGAUUGCUACUCAAGCGCUUACAUUCUCGCAAAACGUUAUCGCGACUUGUCUUAUUGCCCUCCGACUAUGGGCAUUGGACCAUAGGGCAACAACCAUGCAACGAGGGAAGCUGAUGCCCAUCGUCCUAAUCGUGGUGGAAUCUGGUGCCAUUUACACAUCCCUGCUGUUGGCAAACAUCGUGGUCAGCUCUUUGCUGAACUGGGCGGUGCUUUUUGUGACACAACUGAUCUCCCCAAUAAUCGGCAUUACAUUCUCUCUUAUCACCGUCCGAGUCGGUCUAGGUCUAGCAUCAGAAGGAACCCCAGCGGCAUCAGCUGGUGAAUCCAUGAGUUCUGGCUUUGUUGAUGUUACAUUCGGCGAUCCCACCGAUAAUACAGAAAGAGGGAGACCCAGAGACGAUGCCGCCUCAGCUGACGAGGAGGGCAUUAGUCCAGAGACGCGGCAAAACUCGGAGAAGUCGUGGAAGGCACAAUAA